GGCCCCGGCGGAAGGGGAGGUGGCGAGCGCGUGCCCGCAGGCGGCGGCGAGAAGAUGGCGCCGCUCGGGGGACUGUCUGAGGACUCCGCGGACUCCGGCUCGGAGGAUUCCUCCCUCUCGGACUCGGAGCUCCAGGAGGCCUUCGCCAAGGGCGCGCUGAAGCCGGGGCUCAACGUGGUGCUGGAGGGGCGGCCGAAGCAGCCCAACGAUGUGGAAGGUUUGAAGCAGUGCCUGGCUGAAUUCAGACAGCAGCUAGCUUGGGUGGAAAGGCUGGAUGUGACUUUGGGUCCGGUUACAAACGUUGUGGAAUCUGUCUCACAGAAUACUACUGACAAAGAUGCUGUGGACCCUGAGAAUGAUUUCCAGAGAGAGAUGAGCUUCUACCGCCAGGCUCAGGCAGCGGUCCUGGAAGCCCUCCCUAGGUUGCGGAAGCUCAAAGUUCCUACUAGAAGGCCAGAUGAUUACUUUGCAGAGAUGGCCAAAUCAGACCAACAGAUGCAGAAGAUUCGUCAGAAGCUUAAGAGUAAACAGGAAGCGAUGGAGAAGUCUGAAAAAGCAAAACAGCUCCGUGCAAUGAGAAAAUAUGGAAAGAAGGUACAAAUAGAAAUUCUCCAGAGGAGGCAAAAGGAGAAGAAAAAUAUGUUGAAUGCAGUCAAGAAAUACCAGAAAGGUCUCUCUGACAAGCUGGAUUUUCUAGAUGAAGAGCAGACUUCGUCUCAGGGAAAAAAAAAAGGCAGUGCUAAUCAACGGAUGAAGAAAGGACCAAAUGCCAAAAGACGAUACAAAAAUCAGAAGUUUGGUUUUGGUGGGAAGAAAAAAGGCUCAAAGUGGAACACAAAGGACAGCUUUAACGAUGUGUCUGGCUUCAAGUCAAAAGUCGCUCACAAUAAAGGCCCAGGAAAAGGAGGAAAAAAAGCCCUCAAUAAGAGACCUGGCAAGAGAACACGGCAGAAAAUGAAGAGCCGAGCACACUAAGAGGAUUGUGCUCCCCAGCGGGGCUCUUUUGUCUCUGUGUGUUGGAAGGUGUUUCUGCUGUCUCCAGGCAGCUAACUGUAGAGCAAGCAGGAUGCUUCCAAAUAGCAAGAAAAAAGUCAGUGGAAAUUAGUGCCUUAUCACUAAUUUCUUACUGUCUGUUCUGCUGAAUGAUUGCUUGCUAUUUAAACCUUUGGUGUGUGAACGUAUUAAAUAGUUUACACAGAA